GGUGGGGGUGGGGGAUUGUUAUACUUACAACAGCAAUUCAAUAAAGUAUCGUUUUAAGAGAACUCAAGCACCAUAAUACGAGUUGGAACAGAAAUUGAGGCUGCCAGUAGACAUCUAAUAGCCUGAUAGACCAGACCGUCAACAGGUACGGUACUAGUCAGAGACCGGGCCACCUCGACGUUGAUCCUGGAGACCACCUCAAGGUAAUCUUAUAAUCCAGGUAAAAACCUAACAAUCGGUGUUCACAUCACUCGUUAUGGGUAACUUCCUGUCCUUAUUGAGGCUACUAGAAAGAUAACGGCCCUCAGAUAAAUCCAGGUAAAUUCAUAGCUUAAGCUCCUGCCACAGUUAGCAGUAAACAGUCUCAAGUAAGGCCAUCAUCUCCUCCUUGCUUCACUAGGAGAGAAUUAUGAUAUAUUCCUGCACCAUUUGUAUGUCGAGAAACGUCGAUUAAACUCGAUUAAAUACAAAAAGCUCACCACGUGGAUUGAAUGACAACGGAGACAACAUGGCGGCCGGGAGAGUGACCGGAUAUGACGUCACUUCGCCUUUGGUCCUAUACAAUUCAAUAUCUUUACUGAAAAAAAUGGUCGUACAUUUAACAUUUAUUUACCUGGCAAAAUUAAAAUACAUUAUUUAUUAUACAAGGAAAUAUUAGUAAUAAUAACAUUUAAGAUUUAUUUAUUCAUACUGAUCAUUAUUCAUUUUAUUACAGAAAACGGUAAUGCUCCUAAUUAUGGACAUGUCAAGUAGUUUCUUUGCUGGACGACUUAACACACCUCAGAAAUAUGACUGACAAUGUAGAUAUAUAUUACAUAAUACGAAUAAGUUAUCUAUGUGAAAGGAGUCUUAUCCUACUGAAGUUGCUGAAAUAUAUCUAGAGGUAGCAGAGUGUAGAGAGUCUUAAUAUUUAACGUACAAAAUCCCCUUAACUCGCUAUCACUUGAAUAAUAUAGCAGCUUCCAAGAACGGCAAAUAAUUAAUUGCCUUAAAGUAUUUAUUAUUUUUUUAAGUAAAAUGGGAUAGUGAAACAUAUUAUUUUACAGGUUUACGGCUCCUCAUUAUAUUUCAUUUCUACUUCAUUUUCAACCAAUAGUUAUAUAAUUUUCUGUUGACUCAAUUUUCAUGCAAUAAUAUCUGUUAAAGGCCGACAGAUCUGUUGAGCCUUGACGUCACUGACCCAGACAACGAGAAAAACAGAAGAAGAUCAAUUCAGGAAAACAUCUGAGAUGGAUUUGACCUAAUGGGUUAUUUCAGGGCGUCUUUGAAUAAUCUUCAAUCUUCAGUAGCAUGACGGCAGUGUAACUAAAGCGUCUUCAACCAAUGGGACGACUGGAAAGGCAGAUGUUAUUAGCCAACGAGCGAGGAGGAUAAAGCAUGACGUCAGUGACCCUGUUGCCAAUGAGAGGUGGAUAACCCUGCUAUUAGUAACGCUGUUAGCCAGUGAAACUAGGCUAACUAGGAAACUGUGACCUAGGCAUGACGUCAGUGACCCUAAUAGCCAAUGAGGGAGGUUGAUAAUCAUGACGACAGUGAUCCUAUUAGCCAAUGAGAGAGGUGGAUAAGCGUGACGUCAGUGACCCUACAAGAACGUCUGGGAUGAACCUCUCUCCGUUCUGGUGGAUGCGUUGAUCAAUACUCUGACCUAAAGAAGAAAGAACCUCCGGCAAGUGAGCCGUGAGAGACCAGCUGAUCGACCACAACAGAGGCGCAGGAGAACGGCCAGAGGUCAACAAGUAAUCACAUACUGCACGUAAAGAAGAGAGGUUUACACAUAUAUUAAAAAAAAGGAGAUCACACUACAUAUUAAGAGAGGUUACACUACACGUGAAGAGAUAUCACACGACACGUGAGGAACAGUGUGUGGCUGCUUAAUCAUGUUCUACCAGAGGAACUCCGUCACCGGCCGUCUCACGCCCACGCCCGCCCUCAAGAUUCCCUCUAAUUUUAGGGCUGCAGCUGAGGGCCCAGGAAUCAUCUACACCCAUGGCACUGUCUUCCCCAAGGACCAGCCUGCUCGCAGGGGCAACUACAGCACUGUUCCCGAAGCCUUGCUAGGAAAGAUGCGCCAUUUCCAGCAACAUAACAACAUUCCUGUUCAUCUGAAAGGUGGGCCAAUAGACAAGGUUUUAUUUGGAUCAACUCUAGUGCUGUGUGCUGUUGGACUUGCUGGCUGCUUCCAAUUUUUCUAUAGCAUGGCCUUCCCAAAGAAGAAUUGAUAUAAAGAAAAAAAAUUGUAAACAUAGGAAAAGUUAGUCUUGUAAUGCACAUAUAAUAAGCAAACCUAUGAAGUCAUUGUUUUUUUUUUACUUGAUGCAUAUACAUAUUGUAUUUGGAAAUGAAACCUCAAUUGUGAACUGAUGUACAGUACAGUAUACAGUAUAUUGUAACUAAUUUAUAUUGUCAAUACGUAAUAUUGCCAUUCAUAAGAAAUAAUUGUGAAAACAUGUUAAAUCAGUGUAUAUAUGUGAUGGUCCACGUUAUUAAUAUAAAUAAAAAUUAAAUAAU